AUGUUUAAAUUUAAAAAUAAAUUAAAAUUUGGUUCAUCUACUGAAAAACAAAACAAUUCAUCAAAUUCACCUGAAGGUUCAAUAACAAAUUCUUCAACUACUUAUGAUGAUCAUAAUGAUAUAACGACAACAGAAUCAUCAAUAAGAGGUUCAUCUGAUUCAAGAAAAACUAUAUCAAUAGACAAUUUAACUGAUGAUGUAAAUAAAUUAUCAGUAAAUAAUAAUAAUGGUCAACCUUCAUCUUCACAACAAAGUAGAAAAAGUUCUGGAAAAAGUACUCAACAACAACAAUUACAUAAUAAUAAUAAUAUUAAUGGAAUACAUUCUAAUAAUAUACUACAACCACCUUCUACUGAUUCAAAUGUUACAUCUAAUUCUUCUCAAUAUAAUGGAUCUCCAUCAUCAUCUCAAGCAACAUCAUUAGGACAAGCAUCAUCAACAUCAGGUUUAGAAGAUGUUCAAAAUUCAAAUCCUUCUUCUUCUUCUUCUUCUUCUUCUUCACCUGGUUUAUUAACUGUUAAAAUUUAUGGAUCACAAAAUAUUCAAUUACCUAUUAAAAUAAAUAAUAAUAAACAAAUUUUACAUGCAUUAGCUAUAAAUUCAAAUAAUGAAAAUGUUGGUCAACAAUUAUUAAAAAAUAUGGAAAGUUUAGCAAAAGAAAAUGAUGCUGAUUAUUUACCUGGAUCAUUAGCUACAAAAUUUUUACCUUCAAUAAUAACUAUCCCUAAUGCUGAAAGUCUUGUUAAAUCAUUACUAUAUUUAACCAUAGAAUUUGAUAAUAAUGUAUUAGUAAUAGAACCGCAAAAGGGUACAGUUAACCAAUCAACAUGGAAUCAAGUAGUAUCGUUUGAUGUUACAAAUAAAGCAUCAAAUAAAAAUGUUGAGUCACAAUUUCUUAAUUUAAAUUUAUUUAUAAGGUUACCAAAUAUGUUAAUUCCAGAUAGUGAAAAAUCUCGAAAUAAACAAUUAUUUACAAAUUAUCAACAAGAUUCUACUAAUCAAAAUAGAUCAAUGUCAUCAAAUUCUUCAAAUACUUCAGCUUCACCUGUUAACAUAGGGGAUUUAUUAAUUGGUACAAUAAAAUUACCAUUAAAUCCGAAAUCACAUACUCAACAAAUUAGAUUAAUGCAUCAUGAAUAUUUAAAUUUUACAAAUUAUAAUGUUAAUGGAAAUGAUACAAAUUCAAAAGAAAUGGGAGAAAUUAUGCUUACAAUAGAGUUCAAACCGCUUACCAAAAAGCAUCUUUCUAUUGAGGAUUUCGAUUUAUUAAAAGUUAUUGGUAAAGGAUCAUUUGGUAAAGUCAUGCAAGUAGUUAAAAAGGAUACAAAACAAAUAUAUGCAUUAAAAACGUUACGAAAACAACAUAUUGUAUCAAGAAUGGAAGUUACUCAUACAUUAGCUGAAAGAACAGUUUUAGCAAGAAUAAAUAAUCCAUUUAUAGUUCCAUUGAAAUUUUCAUUUCAAUCACCAGAAAAAUUAUACUUGGUGUUAUCAUUUAUAAAUGGUGGUGAAUUAUUUUGGCAUUUACAAAGAGAAGGUAAAUUUUCAAUGGAUAGAUCAAGAUUUUAUAUAGCUGAAUUAUUGACAGCUUUAGAAAGUUUACAUGAAUUAAAUGUCAUUUAUAGAGAUUUAAAACCAGAAAAUAUAUUAUUGGAUUAUCAAGGACAUAUAGCACUUUGUGAUUUUGGGUUAUGUAAAUUAAAUAUGAGUAAUGAUGAUAAAACAAAUACAUUUUGUGGAACUCCUGAAUAUUUAGCACCAGAAUUAUUAUUAAAUCAAGGUUAUACAAGAAGUGUUGAUUGGUGGACUUUGGGAACUUUAUUAUAUGAAAUGUUAACUGGUUUACCACCAUUUUAUGAUUCAGAUUCUCCAACAAUGUAUAAGAAAAUUUUACAAAAUCCAUUAAGAUUCCCACCAUUUUUAGAAGGUACAGAUGCUCAAGAUUUAUUAAUUAAAUUAUUACAAAAAGAUCCACUGCAAAGAUUAGAUGAUGCACAAGAAAUUAAAAAUCAUUCAUUUUUUAAAGAUAUUGAUUGGAAUAAAUUAUUAAAUAAAAGUUAUUUGCCUCCUUUUAAACCAAAUGUUGAAAAUUUAUUAGAUACUUCGAAUUUUGAUCAAGAUUUUACAAAUGAAAAACCUCAGGAUUCUGUUGUUGAUGAUUUUUUAACUGAAAGUGUACAAAAACAAUUUGGUGGUUGGACUUAUAAUGGUGAUAAUAUGCUUUGA